AUGGAGCCUGCUCCGCCUCCGUCCCGACCUUCGCUCUCAGACCAGCCCACACCGACACAAGGCCCGAUUCCCCUAUUUGAUACCCAUCUCCGUUUCUUGACGGACUCAUACCUUAGCUUUUUCCAAGAACGGCGACGUAUUGAAGAGGCCUAUGUUGAUUCACUUCAAAAACUCCAUCGAAAGAUGACAUCCACCAACACUUCACUGGAUGAUCGCGGAGACCUGACCUCAACAAGACGUGUGUGGGGCGAGAUCAUUGAUAAUGUGGAUCGAGAGUUUCAAACCAGAGAAGCGUUCUGCGCUACACUCAUCUCCGAUAUAAUAAGUCCGCUGAUAACGUUAAAGGAAACUCAAGAACGUACACGCAAAAGAAUCAAGGAAGAUCUCAAGGACUCAGGCGCUGCCUACAACGAAUACGCCGAAACUGUGCUCCCCAGGUUGAAAAAUAGAUAUACGAAAAAAUUCUCCGAGGUCGAGGAACAAAAGAGAGCCACGGCAAUUGCUUCUUCAUCGUCAACCCUUACAUCUUCGACAAUCGGGUCGGAGAAUAACCAGUACUUCAGCAAUUCCAAAUCCAAUCCCUCCAUACCGUCACGACCAACUGUGACGGCCCCUCAGCCCCUUCGAGCACUAGACCGUCGCCCGUCAGGGAGUGCACCGCCUCCCCGUAAUAGAUCGCCCUCUUCUUCAACAGCAUUCUCCGAUCUCGCACAUCAAGGAAAACGACAACUCAAUCAAUUGAUUGGUUUUCUCGACAAAGGCGCUUCUGGAAAAGAUGGUCUUGGAAGCCGUGAAAACCAGGCUCUUCGUACUGUACGUGCAAAGAGAGAUGCAGACGAAGCAGACCGGGAGUACCGUAAAGGUGUUCAUUGGCUAGAGACGCUCAGACUACGUCGAACCAAGAUAUUGGAGAGCGGCUACAAAAGUCUCGAAAUGUUUGUCGAAGAAUCCUCCAUGGUCGUAAAGAAGGCUCUCGAAAAAUAUACAGAUAAUAUGACAGCUACCAGUUCCACCCAAAUGCAGUUAUUUUCACACGCGCGCUCUAUGGUAGACAAGAUUUCGCCAGAAAAAGAUAUCGCCAAACUCAACGCGAACAUUCCACGCUCCCUGGCUUCUGCAAUUCCAGAACCGAUUUUAUAUGAGCAUGGUCAAGUGGGCUUGUGCAACGACCUCAUCUUCGGAAUCAGUUUGGUUGAUUAUGCAACUGCUAAAGGCCUGCAGGAAGGCGAGGUCCCUAAGAUUAUACGUAUUUGCAUCGAAGAGAUUGACAGACGGGGACUGGGUAGCGAAGGAAUUUACAGGGUUUCCGGCCGUCAUGCCAUUGUCCAAGCUCUUCAACAUGACAUCGAGAAGGACGAAUCGGACUUUGAGUUCUCGCCGAAAGAUGAUGUGUAUGCAGUUGCGUCGCUCCUCAAGGUCAGCAGCACCCUUCCAAAAGUUUUUGUUAUCAACUUCAGAAAAUCAUUGACUCAUCAACUGCAGUUGUAUUUGAGAGAGUUGCCAGAACCAGUAUUUAGAUUUUCGCUGCAAGAUCGUAUUCAGCAUACUGAAGAUCGAGCCGAUCACCAAGCGAAUAAUUUCAUGCUCUUACGCUCGAAAAUGCGGCGCCUUCCACCCGUACAUCAAGCAACCGUUAAAGCGAUUGUUGAACACCUUGCCCGAGUGGUUUCGAACAGCGAGAAGAACAAGAUGGACCCAAAAAAUCUUGCAAUUGUAUUUGGUGGUGUUAUAUUCGGUGAAGAUGAAAUGCCCAAAGGCGGAGACCUUCUCAGUGUACAAACUUAUAAAGAUUCCCUGAUGGAGGAUCUCAUCAUACAUUCGGCAAUCCUUUUCGACGAUCAAGCCGGGCCCCGUUCCCCCCCUCUUCCUCCAACACCUGUAGGCGAGCCAGUACCUCGCUUUGCAUACGGCUCCAAGACUACCAAAGUCAUGUCCCCUGCACAACCCAUUACAUCAACUGUACAAUCCUCUCCUCAGGACUUUACCCCUCGCCUUCCUGCUCGUCCUGGCAACAGCAUACAUCCGUCAUCGAGGGCAAAUCAAGCGACGCCAAGUGCCAAGGGGCCCACGGUAUUGCGCUCGCCAUCGCUCCACAAUGAUGAUCUACCAUCAGAGGGUUAUUCCCCACCAUCACCGUCGGCUGCGUCCACUGCAAUUGAGGCGAGACCUGAACAACGCACUCAGUCAGACACGCCACCAAUUUUAUUCCCUAAAUCAACAUCCCCAGGAUCUGUGCGACCCGACGACAUCCAAUCAACGACAGAUGAUCCAUUCACCACUGAAACGGACAGGUAG